UGGGCAACCGGCCGUGCGCCUGCGCGGUGGCCCUUCCAUCCCGGCAGUCGUGGCUGCGGCGCUGAGGCGAGAGGUUGGUGGGUGUCUCCGGCCACAAUGACCCAGGCUGAGAAGGGUGACACGGAGAACGGAAAGGAGAAGGGCGGCGAGAAGGAGAAGGAGCAGCGCGGCGUGAAGCGGCCCAUCGUGCCCGCGCUGGUGCCGGAGUCGCUGCAAGAGCAAAUCCAGAGCAACUUCAUCAUUGUCAUACAUCCAGGUUCAACAACCUUAAGGAUUGGUCGAGCCACAGACACUCUUCCUGCCAGCAUUCCUCACGUCAUUGCCCGAAGACACAAACAACAAGGGCAGCACCUAUACAAGGACAGUUGGCUCCUAAGGGAGGGACUAAAUAAACCAGAAAGUAAUGAACAAAGACAAAAUGGCCUUAAAAUGGUGGAUCAAGCAAUAUGGUCUAAAAAGAUGUCCAAUGGUACAAGACGCAUUCCUGUGUCCCCUGAACAGGCACGCUCCUACAAUAAGCAGAUGCGACCUGCAAUUUUAGAUCACUGUUCGGGAAAUAAGUGGACAAACACAUCUCAUCACCCUGAGUAUUUAGUAGGAGAAGAGGCCUUGUAUGUUAAUCCACUGGACUGUUACAAUAUUCACUGGCCUAUCAGAAGAGGUCAGUUAAAUAUUCACCCAGGCCCUGGGGGCUCUCUUACAGCUGUUCUGGCAGAUAUUGAAGUAAUAUGGUCUCAUGCGAUACAAAAAUACUUGGAAAUCCCACUGAAAGAUUUAAAGUAUUAUAGAUGUAUCUUGUUAAUUCCUGAUAUCUAUAAUAAGCAGCAUGUGAAGGAACUAGUGAAUAUGAUACUAAUGAAGAUGGGUUUUUCAGGGAUUGUGGUCCAUCAGGAGUCUGUGUGUGCCACCUAUGGAAGUGGCUUAAGCAGCACGUGUAUUGUAGAUGUUGGGGACCAGAAGACAAGUGUAUGCUGUGUGGAGGAUGGGGUGUCUCAUCGGAAUACUCGGCUUUGUCUGGCAUACGGAGGAUCUGAUGUGUCAAGAUGUUUUUACUGGCUAAUGCAGCGAGCUGGAUUCCCUUACAGAGAAUGCCAGUUAACAAAUAAAAUGGAUUGUCUUCUUCUGCAACACCUUAAAGAAACUUUUUGUCAUUUAGAUCAGGACAUCUCUGGGCUUCAGGACCAUGAGUUUCAGAUUCGACAUCCUGAUUCUCCUGCCCUGCUUUACCAGUUUCGAUUAGGAGAUGAAAAACUGCAGGCUCCAAUGGCUUUGUUUUACCCCGCAACUUUUGGAAUUGUUGGACAGAAAAUGACGACUUUGCAGCACAGAUCUCAGGGCGAUCCUGAGGAUCCUCACGAUGAACAUUACCUGCUGGCCACACAGAGCAAACAAGAACAGUCUGCAAAAGCUACUGCUGACCGAAAGUCUGCAUCCAAACCUAUUGGAUUUGAAGGGGAUCUUCGUGGCCAGUCCUCUGAUCUUCCAGAAAGACUCCAUUCCCAGGAGGUAGAUUUGGGGUCCGCACAGGGAGAUGGCCUGAUGGCCGGCAACGAUUCCGAGGAGGCCCUCACUGCACUGAUGUCCAGGAAGACUGCCAUCUCGCUGUUUGAAGGGAAAGCCCUGGGCCUGGAUAAAGCCAUCCUCCAUAGCAUAGACUGCUGUUCAUCUGACGACACCAAAAAGAAGAUGUACAGCUCCAUCCUAGUGGUGGGAGGUGGUUUGAUGUUUCAUAAAGCUCAAGAAUUUCUGCAGCACAGAAUUCUCAACAAAAUGCCACCAUCCUUCAGGCGAAUAAUUGAAAAUGUGGAUGUGAUCACAAGGCCUAAGGACAUGGACCCCCGGCUGAUUGCAUGGAAAGGAGGGGCAGUGUUGGCUUGUUUGGAUACAACACAGGAACUGUGGAUUUAUCAGCGAGAGUGGCAGCGCUUUGGUGUCCGCAUGUUACGAGAGCGGGCUGCGUUUGUAUGGUGAAUGGGGAGGAAAUGUCACUGCCGAAGACCAAAAACAAGCUUCUUGGUACCAUCGCACACACUGUUGACGUCAUUGGAAAGAAGGAAGACGACUUUGUCUGCUGCCUUCUUUUGAGUGGCAAGCCACUGCACUGGACCCAUCUCUGCUAUUUUCUUUUUCUGCCACUUUUCAAGGAUGACCUCACUUCUGCAAUGGUUUUGAAGAAAUUCAGUGAAGUAACAAAUUGUGUGAUGGAAACAUAUUUCAGAUGGGUAAACCACAAGAACCUUAAUGGGGGGCAGUAGUGUGGUGGUAGAAAAGGAAGUCUUCUUGAUCCUUUCUGUGAGAGGAGAAAACCAUUUGUUAUCUGUGAACAGCAAACAGCAGGCUUUCACUCUGUAAACCAUCCCUGACAAAUGAUCCCUUGCUAGAGAAUGUCAGCUGAGCACCAAGGGCCUUGUUAGUGACAGCAAGGAAAAACAUCCUGAUGUUCCUUUUGAACACAUCACCUGAAACACACUGAUGCUUAAACCUUAACUUUUUUUUUUUUGGAGACAUAGUCUCACUCUGUCGCCCAGGCUGGAGUGCAGUGGCGUGACCUCGGCUGACUACAACCUCCGCCUCCUGGGUUCAUGCCAUUCUCCUGCCUCAGCCUCCCGAGUAGCUGGGACUACAGGCGCCCGCCACCACGCCUGGCUAAUUUUUGUACUUUUAGUAGAGACGGGGUUUCACCCUGUUAGCCAGGAUGGUCUCGAUCUCCUGACCUCGUGUUCUGCCCGCCUGGGCCUCCCAGAGUGCUGGGAUUACAGGCGUGAGCCACUGCACCCUGCCUUAAACCUUAACUUUUUAAACCUUAUUUUAAAAGCAGUAUUUUCUAAGUCCCUCUCACUAAAACAAUCCUCUCAACCAAGCCUUCUCUUUUCAGAUAAAUUCAUAGAAACUUUAGGUUUAAGAUACUUUGUUGGCCAGGUAUGGUGGCUUACACCAGGAAUCCCAGCACUUUGGGAGGCCAAGGCUGGUAGAUCACUUGAGUCCAGGAGUUCCAGACCAGCCAGGGCAACAUGGCGAAACCCCAUCUCAACAAAAAGUACAAAUAUUAGCUGGGCUUGAUGGCAUGCAUCUGUGGUCCCAGCUACUCAGGCGGCUAAGGUGGGAGGUUCACUUGAGCUCAGGAGGCAGAGGUUGCAGUGAGCCAAGAUCACACCAUUCCACUCCAGCCUGGGCAACAGAGUGAGACCCUGUCUCAAAAAAAAAAAAAAAAAAAAACUUUGUUUGAGGUGUGUGAUUGUAACCUCAGUACUUUUAGUGCUGUAUAUGAACAGGGACACUUGACCUCUGCACUUCACAUUUUGAGUCGGGUCAAUUAGGUAGUUGCUUGUCCUGUCUUCUACCUGCAGGUGGUAGAGUUUCUUUAUAGUUCCCAAAGUUAAGUGGCACCCCUUUUCAGCCCCUGGAACUUAACCUGGAAUUCUGCCCUAUACAGUGCUGUAAAACAAACCAUGUUUGAAACUACUGUAACGAAUACAGGUCAGACAGCAUCCCUAAAUGUAAGAAUUCCUGAGGUCCAGGUGCCCCUGUGGCUUUCUUAGCUUAGAACAUGGAGUUAAUCUCAUUUUAUUUACAACAUCACAAAUGACUCAAAGGAUGCAUUUGUAUUUCCUUUCCUACAUAUGGAGAAGAGGAGUUUUUUUAAUAGCUCUGCCUUGAGCUGAGCAUGUAAAUGCUCUGGUUUCUGUAUUCAAAUACUCCAUGUUUUGAAGUUAGCAAAGCCCUUAGAGAGUACAGCUGACCCUUGAACAACACAGUGGGGAGGGGCACCGGCCCUGCAUGCAGUUGAAAAUCUCCUAUAACCUUGGAUUUUCCCACAACUUAACUUCUAAUAGCCUACUGUUGACUGGAAGUCUUACCAAUAACAUAAACAGCCAAUUAACACAUAUUUUGCAUGUUAUGUGUAUUAUGUGCUGUAUUAUAAUAAAGUAAGCUAGAGAAAAAAAUGUAAUUAAAAUCAUGAGAAAAGUUAUUUACUAAUUGAUUAAAUGGAAGUGGACCAUCAGAAAGGUCUUUAUUCUUGUCAUCAUCUUGUUGAGUAGGCUGACGAGGAAGAGGAGGAAGGGGUUAGUCUUGCUGACUUAGGGGUGGCAGAGGCAGAAGCAGUGGAAGAGGAGGCAGGAGCGGUGGGCGCCUCAGUGUAACUUUACAGAAAUACAUCAUAAUUUCUGGCUUUUUUGCUUUUUCAUUUUUCUAAAAAUAUUUGUAUAUGGUACCAAUCCUUCCUCCACCACUUGCUUUAGGUUUAAUGCUUGUAUCAUAGAAGGGUCUGUGUUACAAAAGAAGUGAAAAGCAGUCUUGACUAAUCAGAAACCUGCCAGAUUGUUUAAUGUCGAUUUGUUUUCUGAUGCUGCUUCUUCUGUGUCGUCUUCAUCAUCACCUCACACUGAUGGGGAAGCACUCGUCUCCAGCAGGUUGUCUUCUCUUUGUUCCUCUAGUGUGGUUAUCUGUUAGCUCUUGAAUUUCUCCAAGAUCCAUAUCUUGAAACCCUUCACCCCCCACCUUUUUUGCCACAUCUACAAUCUCUUUCCUUGAUUGGCUCUGUUGUAAAUCCUGUGAAGUCAUGCACAUCAUCUGGACAGUUUUCUCCUGCAGGAAAUUUAUUGUUUCAGGCUUGAUGGCUUUCAUGGCUUGUUCUGUCACAAUGAUGGCAUCUUCAGUGAUGUAAUUCUUCCAGACUUCCAUGUUGUUCUCUCUGUUGGGGUUCUCGUCCAUAGUGUUGACAAUCCUUUCCAUAAAGUACUGUGUGUAAUGAGCCUUGAAGGUCCUUAUGGCCUCCCAAUCUAGAGGCCAAAUUAUGAUGUGUUUGGGGGCAAGGAGACCACUCUGAGGACUUUAGUGUUGAACUCAUGGGGCUCUGGGUGGCUGGGGGCAUUGUCCAAUAUCAAAAGAACUUUAAAAGGCAGUCCCUUCCUGGGAAGGUACUUCUGACUUCAGGGACAAAGCAUCAGUGGAACCAAUCCAGAAAGAAGUUUUCUCAGUGUCCAGGCCUUCUUAUUGUACAACCAAAAGAUUGGCAGCUGGUGUUUAUCUUUUCUCUUCAAGGCCAGGGGGUUAGCAGCUUUAUAGAUAAGGCCAGUCCUGAUCAUAAACCCAAUUGCAUUUGUACAAAGCAGUCCAGUUAGCCUGUCCCUUCCUGCCUUAAAGCCUGAUGCAUGCUUCUCUUCCUUACUAAUCAGUGUCCUUUGUAGCAUUUUUUUCCCAGAAGAGGACACUUUCAUCUGCACCGAAAACCUGUUCAGGCAGGUAUCCUUUCUCCUCAGUGAUUUUCUUAAUGGCAUCCGGGAACUCACCUGCUGCCUCUUGGUCAGCAGAAGCUGCUUCUCAUGUUAUCUUGACAGUUUUUAAGCCAAACCACUUUUAAAAAUUAUCAAACCAUCCUUUACUGGCAUUAAAUUCUCCAGCUUUAGAUGCUUCACCUUCCUUUUGCUUUAAGUUGUCAUAUAAUGACUUUGCUUUUUCUCAAAUCAUAUUAGAGUCUACAGAUAUGCCUUUCUCACAGCAAUCCUGCACCCACAUAAAAGCUACAUUUUCAAUACAAGAUUAAAAGGUAUUCUGCAAAAUGUGCAAGGUUUUCAUGUCUGCUGGUGUAGCUGUAGUGAUGGCUUCAUGAAUUUUUUUCUUUUUUGACUAUGGUCCUUACGCUGGAUUCAUUUAUCUUGAAAUGGUGAACAAUCACAGCUGCAGACCCUCAAUUUAUGGUACAUAUCAAGCAAUUUGGCUUUUUUUCUUGUAAUGAAAAAAAAAAGUUUUUUUUGCUUUUUUUCAUGACACUGCUUCUUGGGAGCACUGCCAGCAUUACUAGUGGCAUUUCGUAUGGGUCCUAAGGUGUUAUUGAAGGUUUACGAUAUUGCACUAAACACGAAAAAUACAAGAGAACCACUGGAGAUACUUUUUACUGUGAUAUGUAAUUUACUGGAGACAGGAACUACUCGUUUGGAGAUGGUUAGCAUCACAGGGUGUUUUAAGUGGAUACUUGCAACCCUUGAGCUCACCACAGUAGCAACAGGAGGUGGCUAGGAAAUUAUUCACAGCAGGACAGUACGCACUGCAAUUAAUUGUAUGCAGUUAUGAUUUAAUACCACAUCUUUAUGCUCACGUUUCUCUCAUCUGUGAAUGGUGCCAUGUACAGUUGGUAUGUGUGUGUUUAAGUUUUGAUAAAUGUUUAACUUUUAAUAGUUAAAAUAGUUAACUAUUGGUAUGGUAGGAAAUGAUAAAGUAGACUAGUAUCUGUAUACAUUUUCUGCAUUUAUGACAUACCUUUUCCUUCAUUUUUUUCAAUAUUUUAAUUGAAAAGUUCAUCCGAGUUUCAUCUAAGUUUUUUCAAAGUGAUACAAAUCUCCAAAAAAUUUUCCAAUAUAUGUAUUGAAAAAAUCCAGGUGUAAGUAAGUGGCUCUGCGCAGUCCAAACCUGUGUUGUUCAAGGGUCAACUGUGUAUGAAUCCAAGCGAAAGCUUUUCUUACACCUCAUAAGAAGUAUUUUUUAAAAAACAGGAACUAGCAUAGAGUAACCAUCACAGGUAAAGUGUAAUUUGUUAUCAGCCAUCUUUUGCCCAUUUCAGUACUGGUAGAAGGCUCAAUGGUAAAAAUAAAAACGGGACAGUCAGAAGAUCUGGAAGUCCUGACCCUGCUUUCACCUGGCAUGUGUAAUCAGUCAUGCUCAUAUCAGUCUCUGUAGGAGCACUUGAAGGUAUUACAUAAAUGCUAUCUAACUCUGGGAAACGCCAACAUGUGAUUGCCUCCAGAGGAAUCUUCUUUAAAAAAAAAAUUCAAAAUCUUAUUUCCUUACUAGGAUGUCUUUAAAGAAUUAUAACCCUUACCGUGCCUCCACAUUAGAUAGAUCCCUGCCACCAGCACCCAUGUGGCCACCAGCAGAGACAGCAGGAGGAGAGGCAGCCAGCCUCCCAGCUUGCUUUUGUCUGGAAAAAACAAAGCUUAUUCACCUUUGGAAAACAAAUCCACACUUAUCUCUUAAUUUAAAAACUAAGACUUUGUAUACUUCAUAGAGGUUUAUUUAUUUUUUAUUAUUUUUUAGUUUUGAGACAGAGUCUCGCUUUGUUGCCUAGGCUGGAGUGCAGUGGCGCAAUCUCGGUUCACUGCAGCCUCCGUCUCCCGGGUUCAAGCAAUGCUGCCUCAGCCUCCUGAGUAGCUGGGAUUACAGGCAUGUGUCACCGCGCCCAGCCACUUUGUAGAGAUUUAGAUCCCUUUAAAACCAUCAGUCAGAAGCUCUUUAGAGAGUCUGCCAAUCAUAUCUUUUUCCCUAGAGUGUGCAGGUCUUGCAUUAGAUUCUCAAAAGGGGUAUGGGACCCAGGAAGUUAAGAACAGUCCUAAAAUCUCUUUGGCUUCUUUGUCCUGAUAUGCACCGGCAUUUUCACAGUAGGAACUAGGGUUUCUGUCCAGUUUUUUUGGUUCUUUAAGGAAUUAAUGUUAUUCUGGGUACAACUGCUUACAUACAUAGCACGUAUAGAUGACAUUUUUACAGGCCGUCUUGUUAGACUGACAUACAUGGAGGAUAGUGCCAUCUGCCUCACAAGAACAUCAGGUAAGCUCAGGCACAGAGUGCCCAGGAAUCUGUAAGGCUUCGCCCACGCACAAGUCAGGGCUGCCAGGCACCUGGGUUGUCUUCACUUCAUUUGGCUGCGUCUAAUGACACCUUCCAACUUUUGACCCCACCCCUGGACUGUUGUGUAAACAUUGUAUUUCUCCAUCUGUAAUGAAAAAGCUAACACAUCUCUAACUCCAGAGACAUUUUCCGGAACAUGCUGUUCUCAGGCACUAGUGAGGCGGUACCAUUAUUCCUCAUUUGUUAUCCAAAUGUUGGCCAUGUGACCACACCAAAAGCUCAUCCUGGGCCACUGAGACUGGUAAUUGAAUCAGAAUAUAGUGAAAUAUUCAUUCUCAUAUAUAACCAGUCAUCUUACAUCUUUGGCUUUUUUCAGCAGAUCCUUGUGGCACUCAGAACAUCCAUUUUGCACUGUGUAUUUUUUUCCCUUCUGUGUAUCCUGCUUUGUAAAGAGUCACGAGUGGUUUUACAAAUAAAGCCUGUUCUUACUCAGA